UGGACAUUUUUUCUUGGGCGCUACCCACAUAAUCAGCUGUGCUGCUCAUACCACAAAUGCAUGAUCCUUACAAGUUGGACAUCAUUGUGAAGGUAAAUAAACAAGCUCUCCAACCAUGUUAAAUACAAUGACUUUUAGCAUUGUAACAACAGAGAAAUAAUCCACCAAACACAAGUUUCCAAACUUUUUUUUCCAAGUUUAUUAUGCACAGAUGAUUUUCUAUCAUAUUUUACACAUAUUACUGGGUGCAUUUCAUAUUUUUAAAUACAAAAAUAUUGACAAUUUGUACAAUUUAUUAUUAUUAUUAUUAUUAUUAUUAUUAGUAGUAGUAGUAGUAGUAGUAAUGUUUUUUUUGUGUUUGGCUGUCUGGCUCAGGGGGAGAGGCGCCCUAGCGCCUUCUAUUUGCCGGCCGCCCCUGCUGUAAUAACUGAACUUGUAUCUGAUGUGUUUCUGUCUCCUCUCACAGGAUGUGAAGAUGAUCUGCAGCAUCCUGCUGCUCCUCAGUCUGACCUCCUGUGUCUCUGGAGCAUUUGUAGUGAAUGUGAAACAGACCUCCUAUCAGGCAGAGAAGAACCACAACAUCACACUGGAGUGGAUGUUCACAACCAGAACCCACAGUUCCCCCAAAUCACUUUUUAUCUACUGUGAACUGUUUGCUGAGCCCAGACCCUUAGUCUUGUUUCAUCUCCUUGGAGGUGUUGAGGACCCAGAGUCUCAGGAUAAACAGUUUGCAGGACGAGUCCGGUGUGACAAAGACGUCCUCAGAGAUGGACGACUCAGACUUCACAUGUCCAGACUCAGGAUUGAUGACUCUGGUGUGUACCGGUGUAAUGUGCUCACAGGUGAUGGUACGGGCUCUGAGAUAUGUCACCUUGAUGUCACAGCAGCUGCUGAUGAGCCCAAACCUCCAACACCAACAAUGAGACCACCAACACCAGAGAGACACACAAUGAGACCACAACCAAAGAGUUGGGAAAAGAUCACCCUCUCUGUUGCACUGAUAACUGUACUGGGUCUCGUAGCUGGAUACUGCUUUGCCGUGCUUUGUAAACCUACUCGUAGUCCUCGUAGAGAAAACAACGGAACAGACGUACAGUCGAGUCUAGAACUACCAAAUGAUGGCCGAUUAGUAUUAGAAAUGGAGAAGCUUAUAUCUAAUAGAGGAAGCCAGGAUACUUCCGAAGCGACUAUGAGUCUAGACUCACACAACCUGGAUCACCCUGGAGCAAUGAAUACCAAUUUGUUGUAGAAAUGGAGGGGGUUACACCUCUGGAGGAUUACAGAGAGAGGAGAUGAUAGUGGUAUCGUCAAUGUGAGGAAAAACAGUAAAUGUCACAGAAUGAUGCAUGUGUUUGGGAUACAGUGUAAAUAUAGAACACACAGCAUUUUAGCUUUAUAAAAUGUUGAACUAUGUUGUAUGUGUAAGGCAGUAGCCUAAAUCGACCACCAGAUGUCGCUGGUGAGCUGUCAAUUCCCAUCCAGAAUGGAGCAAUUAUCCAUGUUUGUCCCUUACAGGACACCGUAGUUCUGAAAUCCAGGGUGCAUCCCAAAGCUCUUAUUUGUCGUUUCCUCGCUCCUCGCUUGAACCGGAAGUUGUUCUGGUGCGCCAUCUUGAAGACCGUCCCAAAGCUCUUAUUUCUGCACCGAGGAGCGAGGAGGGAGGAGCGAGGAGCGAGGAGGGAUCUUUGAGGAGCGAGGACACACCAGAGCAUCCUUCACGGAAGUCGUUUACCGACCGACACGCCCCCUUAUUGGAUAUCAGUUACUGAUUGGACGCUGCUGCUGAUAGACACGCCCCCUUAUUGGAUAUCAGUUCCUGAUUGGACGCUGCUGCCGACCGGACUGAUCUGAUAAC